AUGUCGGUAUUUUCGAAAAUCAUGAUGUCGAGGAAGGCGGCGAAGGAGGCCAAGGAUCACAAGACGGUGGUGAAGCAGAAGGAGGAGGCCGUUGCCAAAGUCCCAUAUAAGCAUGUCCCCACACACGCAGCUGUGGAUGCCCUGAGCGGGGCACCAUCAACUUGGAAGGUUGACGACAGAUCCAAGAUCAAGGAGCACCACAAGAGGAGGAGCCAGAUGGUGAUCAGCAGAACAGGAAGCUCUCUCUCAAAUGUCUCAUACUUGAACGCUGCAGCCGGACCAAGUUCAAUUCCUCCACUCCCACGAAAUAGCAGCUAUAAUAGCUACAACCCAACCUGGUUUGACCGAGGCGGAGACGUAUACUAUGCCAGCGAUACCACACAUCCAAAGCGACAAAAACCAUCGAGAGGCCACUCAUAUCAUGACUCCGGAAUUGGGCCCAGUCCCUUGGCGAGCAAUUUGCAAUCCGAAGGUACAUCUUCCAACAAUUCUUUGCAACAAGUCACAAACGCAACAUUUCAAAAACAACUCGACAAUCGGCUGACUUCCUAUGCAGAAGUUUCUCCCGUUGUCAGCUCUGGCAAUAGUACCACUUCAAACUCAUCCGACAACCUUGAGAUUGCCGCCACACAAAAUUCCAAACGUGUCUCACAACGACCACAGCCUAUCGUUUAUGCAGAGCAAGAUAUUUUUGAUCGACUUCACACGAGUACCACCCGAAAGCUGGGCGAAGCACCUCUCUAUGACAGCCCUCCUAUUCGUGAGAAAGCACCUGUGGCAGCUGUCGUCGCACAGGAAGUGAAGGCCAAGAAGCAAAGGUGGAGCCUGCUUGGAAAGAAGAAUGCAGCUGCCAUCCAGGCCUAA